AUGUUGAAUUCAUUCCGCCGAAGACGCAAGCCCGGUCGGAAUUCCAAUCAUGUCAAAUCCAUCAAUGAUUCGAAUCUUACGUACAAAGAUGAACAACGAAACGCAUCAGCAAAAUCCUCAUCAACUUGUAAACAACCCAAUCGUCCCGCACUUUUAUCCAUCCAAUCGCCUAGUCAUGACAUUCCACCAGCUCUACCACCACGGAAACCAUUGGAUAAAAAGAACAGUGCUCAAACAUCAUCAGCAAUAUUAAAUUCAACUGCAUUCAAUCAAUCUUCGACACAAUUAACAGCGAACAAUGUCGACGAAACCUCUCCAACAACAACUUCUUCAUCAUCAAUCCUACAUCCGCGUGUUUUACCUAGUAAAGAGAUUAGUACUAGCUUGGUAAAUUUAAUGGGUACAGCAUCGGAUUCAAUCGGUGUUAAUAAUUCCACACAAUCGACUAAACAAGAACCUCGACGUAUUUCGACGGCACCUUCAACAACAGUCGAUCGAUUAGGCUUGUUCGAUCCACUAUCCAAUAUCAGUACAAAUGGUAUGGUUGAAUCACCUUCAUCACAUCGAACAGUCUUCAAUGGAAGUGCUAUGUCGAUUCCCUAUACGAAAUCAAUCAAUGAUUUCACUUGGUGUUAUGAAAGUUCUAACUUGAAUUCGAUUUCCACGCGAACAAGUGUUGAUGAAUGUUUACCACAAUUAGAAAUUGAUGAUAAACCGUUAAUCUAUCGACAGCAAUUCGAAUCAACUGAACAUUUUAAUUGGUAUGGCACGAGUGAAAGUCAAGGACACGUUAUUAUUUCAUAUAAACAUUCUAUUGAUCAGAAUAAACAACGAUCUGUAAUGUCAAUUGUUAGAACGCGACAACGGACUCUGAUUGAAUCGCUUACUGAUAUUCCAUCAUCAAUGGCUCCAAGUGAUAUUUUACAUCGUAUAUGUGAACAAUGUGCUAUCAAUGAUGUCGAAUAUUUCGAUCCGGUGCUAUGCGAUGGAGCACAUGAUUUAUUAUUAAAAUAUGAUGAAUCACAUGUAUCGAAUCAGCAUAAAUUUGGAAUCAUCUAUCAACGUGAAAAUCAAUUGAGUGAAGAAGAUAUCUUCAGUAAUGAAACGCACAGUGUAGCCAUGGAUAAAUUCCUAAAUUUAAUUGGAACACGCGUGAAACUAAAAGAUUUCCGAGGAUUUCGUGGUGGUUUAGAUGUUAAGUGUGAUCAGACAGGAGUGGAGUCGGUCUACGAACAAUUUCAUAAUCAUGAAAUUAUGUUUCAUGUUAGCACAUUGCUACCACAUUCGAAAAGCGAGCGACAGCAACUAGAACGAAAGCGUCAUAUUGGCAAUGAUAUCGUUGCCAUUGUCUUUCAAGAAACCGAAACAUUAUUCAAUCCCGAAUGCAUCGCAUCGCAAUUUCUCCAUGUUUAUCUCGUUGUUACGCCAUUAGACUCAACAGGUAAUGAAUUCAAAGUUUCAGUUAUUCAUCGGGAUAGUGUCCCACCCUUCGGACCGAACUCGAAUCUUUCCACAUCGUUCCACUGCGACCAAAUCUUCAAGCAAUGGAUAUUAACGAAAUUAAUCAAUGCUGAAAUGGCGUCGUGUCGUGCCAGUACACUUCAUAAAUAUCAAGAACGAACAAAGAUGACUCUAUUCGAGAAUUUAUAUCGUACAUUACAUGAUAACAAUCGGCCAUUGAUGAACUUUGUCUUGCUACAUAGUCAAUACAAACAUGAAUGUGAACUUGAACAACAGCAACAUCAACGUGAAGAAACACAAAAUAAUACUUUGAAAACACCAGAUCGGCAUGGUGAUAGUUCACUGCUCGGUUCCGUUCGACGUCGAUUCAUUGCGCCAAAAUUACGUGUGCAAAAUCCAGCAUCAUCUCCUGCAACAACAAUCAUCGUUACUACACCACCUUCGAACGAUGCACGAACGAAAACACGUUCGAUGACGAUGGAUUUGCGACGAAGUGCAUCACGAGAGUCAAUCAUAACGAACGGUCAUGGGACAAGUAAUGGAAAUGGUAGUGGAAAAAUGGCUUUGUUCUUUUCGUCAUCAAAAAACAACAGUCCACGAAUUGAUAAAUCAAUGACCAAUCGAUCUCUAGCUGAUCCAGAAAAUCUCGAUUCAUCGUCCAGUUCACGUUUUAACAGCAAGUUGUUAUCACCAGCAACUUGUCCAUCUUCUCCAUGGACACCUGGACCUUCGAAUGGUUUUCUAUCAUCUCCAACAACUGAAUUAAGCCCUAACGCUGAUUCUUCCUCUCAAUCGACAUCGAUGUUAAACACAUCAUUCAGUUUCAAUCAUAAAUUUUCAUCGGAAGAUACUGAUAAUGAUAAUCACGUGCAAUUAAUACCUGAAGAUCUACAAUCAUCAUCGAAAGAGGAAUUAAUCAAAUGCGUUCUUGCUUUGCAACAACAACAUUCGAAUAGAAUCGCUCAAAUGGAUCAAAUUCAUUCGAAUGCUCUACGACGCUUAGAACUGCAAUUAAUGCAACAACAAAAUACUAUCGAUCGAGAUAGUCCAUAA